UAUUUAGUAUAAGGACUAGGCUAGAGGUUGAGCGAGGGAUAUUUUGGUCCUUCAAGUUCAGAGUUCGUUCUGCCAUUGCUUCUUACGGUGCUCUCCUAAUUAGUAAUCAUCGCCAUCGCCAUCGCCUUAAUCAGAUUUGUUUGAAUUGCAAAAAGGCGUGAUGACUGGGCAUGAUAACUCGAACGGAUCUACAGAAAAGUCGACCAGUGGUAUGGAUGAUUUGCCCACUUUCAAUGCUGAGAAUAUGCAAAACAACAUGAAAGUUAUUCUUUACAGCCGCACAUUCAUGGCAAUCAUUGGUGGUGUCAUUGCCGGCAUUCUGGGACUUACUAGCUUGACAGGAUUUAUAUUUUAUUUCCUUGUCAUGGCAAUAACUUCAGUUGCACUCACGGCGAAGGCCAAGUUUUCAAUCCACUCCUACUUUGACAGCUGGAACAGAGUCUUGCUUGAUGGAUUUUUUGGCGGUCUUAUGUCAUUUGUGCUCUUCUGGACAUUUGCAUAUGACAUUGUGCAUAUAUUCUGAGGAUCCUGUGUGAGAUGAAGACCUUACGUGCACAUCAAGAAGAUGCUAGACAUUUUCAAGUUCAAUGUAGUGGUAUUCAAAGUUUGCACUCAUGACGUUUCCUUUCUUUUAAGCUUGCUCGAGAUUAUUAUCGCAGAACAAAUCACUGGUUCAAAUUUUUGAGUUGGGAGUAGUUGAACAUUUUGAUCUUGACUAAAGUUUUUUGUUGGGUGACUUAUAUUUUGAGUUCAAAAGCUUGAGUAAUUGUACAAGCAGUUAACACAUUUCAAACCGCUGUUGAAUGAUAUAGAUGAGCCUAAUCUAAUUAUUCAGGUUUUAAGUUCUUCCGA